AUGACCGGAAGCCCAGCAGCGGAAGCGCCUGAAGGGGCCGCGAUCCCCACGCACGGCCCCACGUGUCCGCGCCGUCCGUGGUUCGCCUGGCGCCAGCGCGCGCCCGCCGCGGGGGGCCCGGGGGCCCCUGGGGACGCCGAGCAGCCGCCCGCGGCCCGCUGGCCCUGCUGGCGCCGCUGGGGUGGCCCGGAGGGCGAGGGGCCCGACGGCCGGCAGAUGCCGCCCUGGAUGCGGUGGCGCCGCCCAGCGGACGAAUCGGGCGACUGGCCGCCGAAGGGGGCGCAGGAGUGGAGGGAGCAGUGGAGCAAGCGCUGUCCCUGGCGCGCCGGCGGCUGCCGUCCCUACACCGCCGCGCGUGUACCGCUGGACGACUCGCGCUGGCUGGAGGACUUCUACGACUGGCACUGACCGACCGACAGGGCAACUUGCAUGGCGAUGUGACUGCCCUCCUUCACGACGGCACGCAUGCUGCGAAAAAUGGGAUUUUUGCUUUUUUUAAAUUUAAUUUAAUAAUUACCCGCUUCCAAAGAGAGAAUAUCACGAGUUUCAGGCUUGUUUGUGAUGUGAACAAGUUUAGUAGCAAGUAUUUUAUUUAUUAUUAACUAUUUUUUACGUAAAAUUCGGAAACCACAAAAAAAUAAAAUGAUUAAAUGAACUUGCAUCGAAUCUUUAUGUAUUAGUAGGCGAUGUUUUGAGUCAUAAUUGUCAUAAAUUACGAAUUUUGAAUAAUAUUUUAUUUAUAACUCCUGGUGUAUGAUACAAAUGAAAUUGUCAUAUAUUUUUUUAGAACACCAGAAAUGUUCAGAGAAGAAGAAUCGGAGGGCUCAAAUAAUCGUGAUUUCGAGUAAAUAGUCGAAGCAAAACUUUGCAAACACCAAUUGUUUGGUUUUGCAUUAGCAAAAUGAUUACCUCAGCGUUUCAUCUUGAUUGUAACUACAUUAUGUUCUCUUUUCAAACUAAGGAACAAAUUAUGACCAACCACUUGCACUGCAUCAUCUGGCACAUUAAAUUUAUGGAUUUUUUUCUACUAGGAUACUUUUCUACUAGUAAUCAAACUAUUAUGUUUACAUUUAUUUGGCCUGUAAUUCGAUUCGUGAAUUAUUUUAUUACAACCAGUAUUUUUGUAUCUUCAAUAUAUAAAAUGUAUAAUUCUUAUGUUAUUUAUUAAUAAAAUUCUAAAACGUAUAUAAAAUA